AUGAGGCUGCUCAGCAUCGGAACCCGGCCUCGAAGGGCUGCAGAACCCUCUGAACCAGAAUCAGAGGAAGGACCAGAGCCCACCAAGCACGAGCACUCAGACCACCAUCCAGACCACCAUCCAGACCACCCAGAACACAACCCAGAACACAACCCAGAGCACAACCCAGAACACCACCAUGACUACAAACACAUGAAGGACAAGUUCCUCAACGAAAUCACCCACCUGCCAAUGCCCAUGUGGGCGGUGGGGGCCAUCGUGGUGGUGGUGAUACUGCUGGUGGCCUGCUGCAUCUUCUGUGUCUUCAAGAAGUGCUUUGCCAAGAAGAAGAAGCCCAAGAAGGAGAGAGUUUCCAAGGGUGGACGGAGACGGAAGGCCAAGGAAGGAGAUGGAGAGGGAGGGGAGAAGGAGGGGGAGGACAAGAAGGAGGGAGGGGAGGAGGAGAAGGAGCAGGAGAAGCUGGGUAGACUGGAGUUCUCCCUGGACUACAACUUCACAGACGCACAGCUCAUCGUGGGGAUACUUCAGGCCCAGGACCUGGCCGCUAUGGAUAUGGGGGGGACGUCAGACCCCUAUGUCAAGGUUUUCCUGUUACCAGACAAAAAGAAGAAGUUUGAAACCAAGGUCCAGCGCAAGAACCUGUGUCCAGUCUUCAACGAGACCUUCAUCUUCAAGAUCCCGUACGCAGAGCUUGGAGGGAAGACCCUGGUUCUGCAGGUGUUUGACUUCGACCGCUUCUCCAAACAUGACAUCAUCGGGGAGAUCAAGAUCCCCAUGAACAGUGUGGACCUGGGUCAGCCCCUGCAGACCUGGAGAGACGUGGAGAGCGGAGAGAAGGAGGAGCAAGAGCUGCUGGGAGACAUCUGCAUCUCUCUGCGAUACGUUCCCACUGCCGGGAAACUGACCGUCAACAUCAUGGAGGCCAAGAACCUGAAGAAGAUGGACGUGGGAGGACUAUCAGACCCCUUCGUGAAGAUUGUCCUUCAGCAGAACGGGAAGAGGAUCAAGAAGAAGAAGACAACGGUGAAGAAGAACACCCUGAACCCCUACUUCAACGAGAGCUUCAGCUUUGAUGUUCCCUUCGAGCAGAUCCAGAAAGUGCAGGUGGUGAUCACCGUGUUUGAUUACGACAAGCUAGGCAGCAACGACCCCAUCGGCAAGAGCUUCAUGGGCUACGGGGCGACCGGUGUGGGACUCCGCCACUGGUCCGAGAUGCUAGCGAACCCGCGCCGCCCCGUAGCGCAGUGGCACACGCUGCUGCCAGAGGAGGAGGUGGAGGCAGCGCUGAAGGCUAAACCCCGCUAGCAGUAGUGUUUGUUGUUUAAACAUGUUGUGGGUAAGAUUUAUGAGUUGCAAAGAGAGUCGUAAUUCCGAAAGAGAAUUUUUAACUCCCAAAUGUUGAAGUGGAUCGGCCAUUCACUGGCGCAUGUGAUUG